AUGCACCAGAGACCGUCAAUUUGCACAGUGAUAAUCGGCAUCGUGAUGUUUAUUUCUGGCAGCAUAGCAAUAACCCUCGAGUUUAUCGAUGAUGAUGCAGAAACUGGCCUCUUUGGGCUCAUCUUGGGGAUGAGCAUUUGUGGCACUGGAAUGGUCCUCUUUACGGGCGGAUUAACCUGGCUGUGUUGUCAGAAGCCGCAGAAUUUGGCAGAAAUCGUGUCGAAUAAAGCUGCGAGCUUGUCGAAUUCGAUGAAAAAAUCACCAGAUGGAGAUUUGGAAGCAAAUUACAGAAACUCGAAAUUCAUUGCUCCUGUAGAAGUGAAGACGCUUGACCCAAGAACUGAGGAUCCAGUCGCCAGACGGGCCGUUACAAAUCUCGUUUUCAAGGACUGCCCCGAUGAUUUUAUCAAGAAAAUUGAUCCAAAAGUCAAAAAAGAAGAAGUUCUAAAGUCAGUUAGUCCUGUUACAUCUGUCGAAGAGUCUCCUACAAAGUCAUCAAGAUCUUCCAGGAAGAAAAAUCCUCCACUACAGAAGCAAGCCAGCAUUCUUCAUGGGACUUCUUUUUACAACGAAAAUACUUCCGAUUUUUCGCUACCUUCCUCUCCCGAAAUCAUCCCUCGACCGCUGAGCAUCAGGACAAGUUCAAAAGAAGCUCCAUCCUCAUAA